AUGUGUGAAGAUGGAGUUGGUGAUACGGCCGCAUUUGAUUAUGGGGAUGUUGUGGAACUAACGGAGGAUGAUAUUUUGAGGAAGGUUUUUCGCAGCGAAAAUGAUGCAUACAAGUUUUAUAAGAAAUUAGGAAAAUUUUACGGAUUUGGUAUUAGAAAGGGAGACAUGUUCAAGGAUGAGGAGGGUAAUUUGGUUCGGAGAAGAUUUUUUUGCAAUAGAGAGGGACAGAGAGAUAAGAAACAUUAUAACAGGGUCGAUAGGAAGAGGCCUCACAAGCCGGAGACAAGGACGAAUUGUGAAGCGAGGGUGUGUGUGUAUCUAGAUAAGGAAAGGUCGUUGUGGAGGGUCAAGAAAGUCAUUUUGAACCACAACCAUGAGAUGACGCAUCACAGAAUGGUUCAUCUAAUUCCAAGUUUUCAUUACAUGACGGAUGCUGCAAAAGCCCAAAUAGAGGGAUUUCAAGGAUGUGGCAUCUUAACAUCGAAGACAAUGCGGUAUAUGGCUGGCAUAUCUAGAGAGUAUUCACUUGUAGGGUUUCUGAAGAAGGAUGCUUACAACUACGUCGAUAAGAGACAUCGUGCAAGGAUAACUGAUGGAGACGCGAACGCAGCCAUAGUGUACUUGGAGGGUAAAGUUGAUGCAGACCCGACUUCGAUGGCAAGGUAUAAUGUGACGAAGAACGAAAUGCUAGCCAAUUUAUUUUGGGCGGAUGGUGGCAACAGGAUAGAUUACCAAUAUUUUGGAGACGUACUGGCAUUCGACUCAACUUACAGGAAAAACAAAUACAAGAGGCCACUGGUGAUUUUCUCAGGGUGCAAUAACCACAAGCAAACGUGUAUUUUUGGGUUUGGUUUGGUCUUAGAUGAGAGUAUUGCUUCAUAUAAAUGGCUUUUCGAGAAUUUCUUGGAGGUCAUGUGUAACAGACAGCCGUUUGUUGUUCUUACGGAUGGCGAUGACUUAAUUUGA